AGGUAGGAGCGAAUCCAACAUCGCGAGAAGAUUCGCGUGGAAACGAGCUUUCCCCUUUCUCCGGCCAAGGCAAUCCAACAAACCCCCAGACCCAACCCCAUCUGCUCCUGCUCCUCACGGCCCCGUCGAUCCAUCGGCGAUGACGCCAGGAAGCUCCGCCGCCGGAUCGGGCGUCGUCGUUCCUCGGAACUUCAGACUGCUAGAAGAGCUUGAGCGUGGGGAGAAGGGCAUUGGAGAUGGUACAGUGAGCUAUGGCAUGGAUGAUGCAGAUGACAUCUACAUGAGAUCGUGGACUGGCACUAUCAUUGGCCCACAUAAUACCGUCCAUGAGGGUCGCAUCUACCAGCUGAAGUUGUUCUGUGACAAGGACUACCCUGAGAAGUCACCAUCUGUUAGAUUUCAUUCAAGAAUAAACAUGACAUGUGUUAAUCAUGAGACUGGAGUGGUUGACCCAAAGAAGUUCAGUGUACUGGCUAACUGGCAGCGGGAGUACACAAUGGAGUACAUUCUGACCCAGCUCAAGAAAGAGAUGGCCUCCCCACAUAACCGCAAACUAGUGCAGCCUCCAGAAGGAACAUUCUUCUGAAAUAGCUAUUUGUUGCCCCAUUUGCGGAUUUAACAGCAGAAUCUCAUGGCCAUCCAUGGUGACUCCAAAAACAUCUUCACUUGGUAGCUAUGAUUGAUUUCUAGUAUGUGUGCCUACUAUCUGUUGACCGCUGCGAAGCGUACGAGUGAACUUUCCUUAAAAUCUUUCUGGUGGUUGCUAAAGAAAUGGAAUGAAACGGUUGCCAGUUUGGCUGGUAUUAAGAAUGUGUAAUCUGAGAAACUGCUGUUGCUUGUUGCAUAUAUGAUUGUUGUUUGCAAUGA